AUGGGGGCAUGUUUGGCACUGUGUUCUUUAGCCAGCUGUGCUUCCUGCCUUUGUGGUUCAGCCUCAUGUUUGCUGUGUGGAUGCUGUCCCUCUUCCAAUAACUCCACUGUUACACGACUGGUUUUCAGCUUCUUUUUGCUUUUGGGGACCUUGGUGUCAGUCAUCAUGAUCCUACCUGGAAUGGAAACUCAGCUGCGCAAGAUUCCAGGAUUCUGCCAAGGUGGAAGUACUAUACCUGGCUUGGAAAAUCAGUUCGACUGUGAUUCCAUCUUGGGCUACAAAUCUGUGUAUCGAAUGUGCUUUGCCAUGACUUGCUUCUUCUUCCUCUUCUUCAUUAUCAUGAUUCGUGUUAGGAGCAGCAAAGACCCUCGUGCAGCUCUUCAAAAUGGAUUCUGGUUCUUUAAAUUUCUAAUCCUCGUUGGAAUUACCGUGGGAGCAUUUUUCAUCUCUGAUCCAAUGUUCAAUACUGUGUGGUACUAUUUUGGAAUAGUGGGCUCCGUCCUCUUCAUUAUCAUCCAACUCAUUCUCCUCAUUGACUUUGCACACUCCUGGAACAAAGCGUGGGUAGAAAAUGCUGAAAAUAAUGACAACAAGUGCUGGUAUGCAGGCCUGCUUACUUUCACCACCCUCAAUUAUGCCUUGGCUUUCACUGCUGUCGUGCUGUUUUAUGUGUACUACACGCAGCCAGAUGACUGCACAGAGCACAAGGUUGUCAUCAGCCUCAACCUUAUCUUCUGUAUCAUCGUCUCUAUUGUCUCUAUCCUGCCCAAAGUCCAGGAUGCCCAGCCUUACUCUGGCCUGCUACAGGCUUCUAUCAUCUCUCUCUACACCAUGUAUGUCACUUGGUCGGCUAUGACCAACAAUCCAAAUCGCAAGUGUAACCCCAGCCUGUUGAGUCUACUGACGAAUGUCAGCAGCUCCACACCGUCCUUGGAACCCACGGCGAAACAUUUGCAGUUAUGGGAUGCUCAGAGCAUUGUUGGUUUGAUCAUCUUCUUCCUCUGCACCCUCUACGCUAGCAUUCGUUCAUCAAGUAACACUCAGGUCAACAAGCUGCUGCAAACGGAGGAGGGCAGCGGAGAUAGUGGAGGGGGUGUUGUGGAAGAGAAUGGCGUACGCAGGGCUGUGGACAAUGAAGAGGACGGGGUCGUUUAUAACUACUCGGCCUUCCACUUUCACUUGGCUCUAGCCUCGCUGUAUAUCAUGAUGACCCUCACCAACUGGUAUCUACCCAACACCGACACCAAAGUCUUGCAGAGCAGCAUGCCCGCCGUCUGGGUGAAGGUGUGCUCCAGCUGGCUCGGUCUCAGCCUGUAUCUGUGGACGCUCAUCGCCCCACUCAUCUUCACUGACAGAGAUUUCAGCUGA